CCUCAGUUCAGAUAGAUACUCAAAGUCCCGAAAUUCCAUAGAUUUAUCCAAUCUACGUCGAAGUUAGAAAAUGGCGGAAGGUAUAGAUUUCUCGGAAGCUUUAAUAAACGAAGUCAGAACGUGUCCGUGGCUUUACGAUAUUCGGCGAGCCGAUUACAAAGACAACAUUAAAAAAAAUAAUUCUUGGACGGAGAUUUCCAAGAAACUAAACGUCGAAGAAUCAUUAGUGAAGAAAAGGUGGCAGAAUAUCCGCGACCAAUAUAGACGAAAAAAUAAAGAGGAGAAUCUUCCUAGUGGUUCUGGAGGUCGCAAGAGACAACAAUGGGCAUAUUUUAAUAUGCUCUCGUUUCUGCGACCAGGCAUUGAACAAAUAAACACAAUAAGUAAUUUUGUUGAGGAAAAGGAAUCUUCCCAAAAUCACAUAAAUCUGGGAGAAGCAAAUACAGGAAAUAAUUCAGGUUUGUUUUAAAUAUAUCCUCUUACUUGACAAUAUUAAGAAAUUAAUGUUUGAUUCUACAGUUUCUAGUAAUUAAAAAUUUAAUAAUCCCACAAUAGAUAUCAUACAGAGUAUGGUAAAAAUUAGUUUUAGGAAAUAAAUGUGUACCUAGACAAAUGAUGUAAAAUUAAAUU